AUGAAGACGCGAGCUGACACCUCAACACAUACGUCGCCCGCUGCCUCCAUAAAUAUCACAGUUGACCGUGCCGACGAUGUUGAAAAUGAACAAUCGUUGGGGUCGUCUUCUGCUAAGGAGGACGAGAAACAUCAAUACCUGGGACCACGUGCCUUGACACUUCUGGGUGGCUCCCUUCUGCUUGUUAUAUUGCUCGUCACUCUCGAUGUCUCUAUCCUUGCGACUGCCAUUCCUAAGAUUACGGAUCACUUCCAUACAAUCGCCGAUAUCGGCUGGUACCCUGCAGCAUACAUGAUCACAAACGCAUCUUUGCAGCCUCUCACCGGAAAAGUGUUCACAUACUUCUCGCUUAAGCCAGCCUUCAUCGCCUUUGUCGCCAUUUUCGAAUUGGGUUCACUAAUUUGUGCCCUCGCCACGUCUAGCAAAAUGCUGGUAGUGGGACGAGCAAUCGCUGGUAUGGGCUCAUCGGGUCUAAUGAAUGGAGUCCUCACCAUAUUUGCCGUCUCCGCCUCUCCUUCGGUACGGCCUACAAUGAUGGGUCUCCUCAUGUCAUUCGCCGGUGCUGGACAAGUCAUAGGGCCGCUGAUCGGAGGCGCAUUGACUGAACAUGCAUCGUGGCGCUGGUGCUUUUGGAUCAAUCUUCCCGUCGGCGCGGUGACCAUUGUGGCGACCAUGUUUAUCGGCUUUCCGGUAUACAAAGCUGGCAAAACAAACUGGACCUUUCGAGACGUGAUUCGCGACUUUGACAUCACCGGAUUUGCCAUUUUUGCGCCAGCCUGCAUUAUGCUCCUCCUCGCCCUAGAAUGGGGUGGGAGUACUUAUUCAUGGUCGUCCGCUACGAUCAUUGGACUGUUUUGCGGCUCAGCAGGGGCAAUUAUAGCCUUCAUUAUUUGGGAGUACCGUCAGGGAGAAUCUGCCAUGAUUCCAGUGUCGCUAGUACGGCAGCGAGUCAUUUACAGCUGUUUGAUCAACGCCAUGUUUCAAUAUGGUGGUAUGACGGUCUUCGUCUACUACCUUCCCUUGUGGUUCCAAGUGAUCAAAUCCUUAAGUCCAACGAUGAGUGCAGUCAACAUUCUCCCAACUUUUGCGCUGCAGAUUACCAGCGCCAUUCUUAUCGGUGCCCUAACGCCCUACUUCGGCUAUCUCGCGCCACCAGCUACAAUGGGUUCAGCUUUUGUUACAAUCGCAGCAGGGCUGACCAGCACACUCACCACGCAUACUGGCGCAGGUAAGUACGUUGGAUAUCAGAUUCUCAACGGCGUCGGACGAGGCAUCACAAUGCAGCAACCCAUCCAAGCGGUCCAGUCCAUCGUUUCACCCGCCAUGAUCCCUGUCGCAACCGCUACUGUGGCCUUUGCACAGACUUUCGGCGCUGCGCUGUUCAUCAGCCUUGGUCAGACCACAUUCAUCAACUUACUCAGUCAUGCAUUGCGCACUUAUGCCCCCGAUGUGAAUGCACAGGAUGUAAUCAACACUGGCGCGACGAACUACCUCGCCACGCUCCCUGCUGGGGGCGCCAACGCGGACACAAGGCACGGCGUGCUCCGAGCGUACAAUCAUGCGAUCACAAGUACAUUCUACCUUUGUGUCGGAUGCGGCGCCGGCGCCUUUGUGGCGAGUUUGGGACUAGGAAGAACGAAGCUGGAGACGAAAAAGGACAAGAAGAAGAGGGACCAAGAGAAGGAAGACGCACAAAAUCGAAGCGAGGCUGAUGAGAGAAGGGGCGACAUUUCGAGUUCCAGCGGCUUGAUGGAAAGUGGUACGAGUGGAUCGGCAAGGGACGGCACAUCCUGA